CACACGGGGAGGGAGAGAGACACGGGGAGGGAGUUGCUUUGCCUGGGACGAGCACUUAAGGGGGAGAAGGAACCCCGGAUACCCCACACACACACACACACAGCGAUAACGGACGGUGUCUCAUCGUCAUCGGCAGCAUCGGCGCUCCUGGACGAUGCACGACAACAGCGUGGCCCGCUGUGCCGUGCUGUUCUCGGCGCUCGCCGCACUCCUCUCGGCCGUUCUCAGCGCUCCGACUGGCCCCGCACGAAAGGGCGUCAAUGACAGACCCAUCAUCGGUAUUCUCUCCCAAGCUGUGUUCCCGGCUAGCACGCAGUUUGGAGAGUCCUACAUCGCGGCUUCAUACGUCAAGUACAUAGAGUCUGCCGGCGCCCGGGUUGUGCCCAUUCGGAACGACUUGUCUGAUGCAGAGCUGAAAACACUGUUCAGUUACCUCAACGGGGUGCUUUUCCCUGGCGGUGCUGUUGACCUGAAAACGUCUGGUUACGCAAAAGCUGCCAGGCUUUUGUUUGAUCUUGCACUCAAGGCAAAUGAUAACAAUGACUACUUUCCUAUUUGGGGAACGUGCUUGGGGUUUGAGGAGCUGAGCAUCCUUAUCAGUGGAGAAAACCUGCUGACGCACACCAACACGAGCAACAACGCCAUGCCAUUGGUCUUCACCAAAGAUGCAAAGGAGAGCCGUCUAUUCCGGAAUUUUCCCACGGAGGUGAUGCACGCACUCAAAACGAAACCCAUCACAGCCAACUUCCAUCACUGGUCCCUCUCGACGAAGAACUUCACAGCCAAUGAGAAGCUUAAGUCGUUUUACCGCGUGAUCUCGGUGAACACCGAUUCCACCGGUGUCGAAUUUAUCUCCACAAUGGAAGCCUUCAAGUAUCCGGUGUAUGGAGUGCAGUGGCACCCAGAGAAAAACCCCUUUGAGUGGAGCAUCAAGCUGCAGAACCCCCACUCGAUAGACGCCAUUCGCGCUGCCUUCUACAUGGGGGACUUCUUUGUGAAUGAAGCUCGCAAGAACUUCCACAAAUUCCCAACUGAGGCGAUGGAAUCAAAGGCUCUCAUCUACAACUACAAUGCCGUCUACACAGGGAACAUAUCCACCUUCUCGCAGAAGUAUUUUUUCAAUCAUAGCGAACCUCACCAGCUACUCUUGUAAUAGCACACGCAGGGAAAUGUUGGUGUGUUUUUUUGGUGCAUUAGCAUAUUGUUGAGAAUGGAUCUUAAUAUAAAGAAACUGCUUCGUGUUCGUAUUUUAAUUAAUUAAAUUGCUUGAAUACUUCAAAUUACUUUACACGAUUUAAGAAUGUUACCCGAUUGUUAAUGACUGUAUGUCCAUCUUCAGUCUGUAGUUUGAAGUUCUAUGUAAAUUUUUAUUUCAAAAAUAAAACACAAAUAAACAGG